CAGUAGAGUGUCGCUUCACUUUUCAGUAUUAACCAUGCCCAAAAUUUUGCAUGGAAGUUUUAGAUCAAAAUGUAUCCGAAAGGAACUAGAGGGAAUACUUAUCGUUCUGCCAGACACAUAAAAGAAACUUUUGUGGCAAUUAGUUCAUCGAUAAAACAAAAAAUAUACAGACAAAGGGCAGAGUGCGACGUCCAAAAAAUGGAAUAUUACAGUCAUUUGUAGAUAAUAUAAACAAGACGUGACAUUUCAAGACUCAGGGAACCGUGGACUUAGUUUUAAAGUUGUUAUUUCAUCGAUGUAUAAGACAAGAAAUUAACUCUAGGCCUUUACAUAAUUCCAUGUACGACAUGUGACAACCAACUAGUGACAUCCAUUGUCGCCUAAACGAUUUAUACGCAGAACAGGCUUUAAUGUUUCACAAACAAAACACUAUCUUAUCAGCACUCAACAGGAAAGAGUAUAUUUAGUUACUGUGUGCUGUUUAGUUCUUUUCACUGCUCUCCUACAGAGUUGUACGUUAUUGCAACGUAUUUACAACACAAUGUCUAGAUUAUCGUAUACCUACAGAGGUCUCAUUGUUCCCGUGUUAACUCCUUUUAACAAUGAUGGAUCUCUUAAUUUGGACAUUAUACCACAAUAUGCAACAUAUUUAGCAAAGAAUGGAAUCAAAGGUAUACUUGUUAAUGGCACAAGUGGUGAAGGAAUGUCAAUGUCUGUUGUUGAAAGAAAACUUAUUACCGAAACCUGGGUAAAGGCAGUGAAAGAAACAAAGCAACACCUGAUGAUUCAAGUAGGAGGCGCACCUCUUCCUGAUGUUAUCGAACUUGCGAAACACGCAAGUAGUCUGUCAGUGGAUUCUAUACUCUGCUUACCAGAAUUGUACUUCAAGCCUACUACCCCUAAACAAUUGAUCGAAUACUUGGAAAUAAUAGGCAAGGCAGCACCAAAGACACCGUUACUGUAUUACCAUAUUCCUAUGCUGACUAAUGUUAACAUACACAUGGGACAAUUUCUUGAAUCAGUUGGUGACAAAAUACCUUCGUUCGUUGGUAUAAAAUUCACUAGCGCCAACUUAGAGGAAGGAGCACAAGCACUACAUGCUGAUAAUAGGAAAUAUACUAUUUUUCUUGGCAAUGAUCAGUUAAUAAACGCCGCAUGUGCAUUAGGAAUGAAUUCCUUUAUAGUAACCAGUGGAAACAUGUUUCCGGAGCUUAUACUGAAUCUUCUUACUGUUUGCAAGAAUGGAGAUAUGUUAAAAAGCAAGGAUAUGCAAGAGAAACUUUCAAGCGCGGUGGUUGCUGUAAUUAAGCAUGGUAAUUGGGUGGAGACAAUGAAAGUGGCAAUGACUCUUCUUACUGAUAUUGAUACAGGACUACCUCGUGCACCACUUAAACCUAUUUCUACUGAAGCUGUAACAAUUAUGAUAAAAGAUUUAACGAACUUAGGAUAUCAGCCAAAAGUAAAACAUUGUUAAGAAUAUUUCUUCAUUUCUAAAUUGUUCAAUUUACCCUAUAACUAAAAUGAACGAAAUGUCAAUUGUGAAUAAUAUAUUGCAUUGUAUUUUGUUUACUACUUUAUAAUUAUAUGUA